AGACCCCGGGCUUUUCUACCACUCAGCCAUGAAGCUCCUUUUUCCUCUCUUUGCCAGUCUCAUGCUUCAGUCUCAGGUGAAAUCAGAAUUUGCGACCGUGAAAAGAUGCUUAGUGGGCUUUGGGAAAUGCAAAGACAGCUGCCUCGCUGAUGAAACCCAGAUGCAGCAUUGCAAAGCCAAAAAGUGCUGCAUUGGCCCCAAAGUGUCAGAACUGAUUAAAAGCUACCUGCGACAAGAAAUACCCCACAUACCGGAUGAGGACAUCGUAGAGAUGAUGAGAACGAAAAAGAAUUCCACAGAGGAAAUGCAAGGAAAACAAGCCUUAAUGGCACUCUUCCAAAGCCGAGCUGCCAAGAACCUUUUGUCCAAUACCAACUCUGCUAUGGGCCCAAACGCCUUCCCCGUGAAGUCUGUCACCACCAGGACCAGGAGACGCCGCAUGGGCGCUACUGCUUCCACCAAGAUGCACAUCAAACAAAGCAAGGAUUCUGCCAAUGCUGCCCCUCGGCCCCGACCUGGACCACCUUAGACAUGCCCAGGGCUCCCAUGGCAGUGGGGAAAGCAUAUUAGUGGGUAGCAGGUCUUUCUCCUGGGGCAUCAGGCUCCUCUCUGCUUCCACAGGCAUUAAAAUAAGACAUAACUGUUCUGUAACCCAGAAAUACAAUAAAUAGCAUUGACACCUCCA